AUGGAGUCCUUGAAUACUGAGAUGCAGACAAAAAUCUUGUUAAAACUUUUAAAGCUUUUGAUUUUUAAAUUAUUCUGCAAAGUUUUACUUCACAGACAGUUGAAAAACGAGUUGGUAACAAGCUAUACGUUAAAAAUAUCACCACAUCUUAGUAGAGAUAAACGUUUGGACGAUUUUCAAUAG